AGUUGUAUCGUUCUUGCGUUUCUUGUCUUUCUACAAUGCAAUGCUCCUGAUCUCUGCUAUAGCGUUAAUAACGUUAGUCACCUCUGCUGGUACUUCUUGGUUCAAUGGCACGUGUGAAGUGCGAAACUUUACUGCCAAAGUGAAUCCCUGCCAAAAGUGGUCAGAUGUGAGUGUACCCAUAUUCCUUCCCAACACAACACAUUUGGUAUCGGUAACGGUUCAAGUGCAAUCUGUUAUUGGUAUUAUUAACUCUUUUGGAGAAAGUCCAUGCCAUCGUAUUUUCAAGCAAUUCCUUUGUGUCUUUGCAUUUCCACCAUGUAACCUCACAACAGGACAACCUCACCCAAUUUGCAAGAAACAUUGUGAUCGCAUCGUGAAUGGCCCCGAGUGUCGUCGUGACGUUCAAAUUGCUAGAGAUGCAUAUGAAAGCAUGGCUUUUGGAUCUUUGCCAGUUUUUGGCAGUCAACUUCCGGACUGCGAGACCCUGCCUUACUCACAAAACAACAAAGAAACAUGUACAUCUGGAUACAUAGAUGUUACUUUGUUGGUUCAAAAUCAAACUGAUCAAAAUCAAACUGAUCAAAAUCAAACUCCUUCAGCAAACAAGCAGUGGUGGUUGCUUGUGGGAAUUCCUGUAGCAGGAACAGCUGUGCUGGUUCUAUUCGUUAUAUUAGUUGUGUGUGUUUGCCUGCGAGCCAAACACAAGACGAGCAGCACAUUAUCAAUUAACAUCAGAAAUAGUGUGGAAAGCCAGGAGAUGCAAACAAAUGACCGACACCGUGUCAACGAAUGCACAGAAAUGGUAUCGAUUAUGGUCGCAAACAAAGGGAGCAACAACCACUGCAAUGCAGCACCAAAUUCACUGGUCAAAACAAAAUCAGAAAGGUAUCUCAUUAUGCCUAAGAACGUUGAGGAGAUUGCUGUUGUUUUGGAGGGAGAAGACAAAGAACAUAUUGUCUCUAUACAUAAACAACUUGAAGAACUCGCUGAAAACUUGGAUGAUUUGCUUGUAGACUUUAAUCAAGUUAUUUUGCAUGAAGUACUAGGACAAGGGGCGUUUGGUUUGGUGCAAAGAGGAUCUUUGGCAAAGGAUGGCCAAUUGAUUCCAGUUGCUGCCAAAUCGCUCAAAGACACAUCGAAUAUGACUGAUGUAGUGGAGUUUGUUUGUGAAUCUUGUAUGAUGGCUAGUUUUCAUCAUCCCAACAUCCUUGGUGUUUCUGGUGUCUGUCUUGACAUGUCAAAUGGUCGAUCCCCUCUUAUUCUUGUGCCAUUUAUGGUCAAUGGAGAUUUGAAGACUUUCUUACAGAAAUCGAGGCUUGGGACAGAAGGCGAUGGAGAUAUAACCGAUAUUUCUGGUACUCAGCUUUUGAGUUUUUGCAUCCAGAUUGCACAAGGAAUGGAAUAUUUAUCCAAUCUACCGAUUGUACACAGAGAUCUUGCUGCUAGAAAUUGCAUGUUGGAUGAAAGGAUGGUAGUAAAGGUGGGUGACUUUGGCCUCUCCAGAGACAUUUAUUCACAUAAUUACUAUCGGAUGGGGAGUAAAGGCAAAGUACCUGUAAAGUGGAUGGCACCAGAGAGUCUAACAGACAAUAUCUACACCGUCUACACUGAUGUGUGGUCGUUUGGUGUGACCAUGUGGGAAAUUUACAGUCACAGUAAAGUGCCGUAUCCAGGCAUCCCAAACUAUGAGGUUUUGGAAUAUAUUGAGAACGGACAUCGUCUGAGCAAACCGAAAUUAUGUUCAACAGAAGUAUUUGCUGUUGCUCUGAAAUGCUGGGAGUGGAAUGCUAAUGACAGACCUUCCUUCUGUGAAUUGAACGAAGAAUUGAGUCACAUUGCUGGAGAUCAAGCAGGCUAUCUUCAGUUAUAAAGGAAGAUUGGAAGCAAAUUAUAUUUUUGAUUAAGUCUCACACUCUUAGUAUGGCGAUAUGAAGCACAGGAAAACGUGAAUCUGUGAAUCUGAUGGUAUGUUUAUCGUUAGAGCUCAGAAUAGCGUUUGGGCAUUUGUUUUGUAGCGUUUCUGGAGCAGAUCUACUUUGAUAGCGCUUUUAUUCACUGCUGUGCUAACUGAUGACGAUUUUACUUAAUUUAGAAGUAACUAAGGUCUACAGUUUUUUGCUCAAUUGACCAGAUGAAUGGCACGU